AUGGCCAAGCAAGGUGGAUUUCGACAUCUUGCCGAUCUGAGUGAUCAGGAAAAGGUCACUUGUGUCAAGUGGAACUGGAUCACUCAAGAAUGGGGAAUCUCCGGCCUCGUGGCUGGCAAAGUAUCAGUUGCUUUGCAGCUUCUGAGAAUCAUCGGACCAAAUAAUAAAAUCACCCGAUGGGCUCUGUACGCUCUCAUUGCUUCACUGAUUACGUUCAGUCUGGUGGAUUGUAUCAUCACUUUUGCUCAAUGUGAUCCACCAAGAGCUCUUUGGGAUCUCGUUCCCAACGCCAAAUGCUGGAAUAGUUCGGUCCAAGCCGACUAUGCUCUGUUUGUUGGAGCGUGGAAUGUUCUGGCCGAUUUUACCCUCGCCUUGCUCCCAGUCAGCAUUGUUAUCAAGACAUCCCUUACUCUGAAGAAACGACUAGCAACAAUUGCUCUCUUAGGAUUGGGUAUCGUUGCUGGAUGCUUUGGUAUUGUCAAAGUCACCUUACUGUCUACAUUGACUGCACGCUCCGAUUUGACCUGGGAAACAUACCCUCUUUACAUCUGGACCAGUCUCGAAUUUUGGAUGAUUAUCAUUUGUGGUUCAAUCCCACCCAUCCGACCCCUGAUUACUCGCAUAUUUGGUUCUGGCACCCAAAAUUCCGCCACCGGCUACUACGAUUUCUCUUCCAGUAGCAAGAGAUCCAACCCGCUCGGCAAAAUGGGGGUUAGCCAGGGGUCACAAAUUCCUGAUGGCUUUUCACGGAUGUCUCACUCGGAGGAAUACCCCGAUCAAGAACUCGGGCAACUUAACAACUACAGUGCAAAUGCGGAUAGUCGGGCUACGCGUAUGCCCAAUGCUGUUGUUGCCGACGAGAGGAGAUAG